AUGAUGGUUGCAUUUAGUGGCAACCUGUGGCCGCGACAGGACACGCUUCGUCUUGUCAGCUUCCUCGAGGCCAGAAGUCUUCAACCAGCCAUUGCGGCAAGUCGGUCUUCCAAGGGACAGUUGCAGGAUACCCUUGCCGCUUUGCGAAAAGUCGAAGCUAAUCCUGAUCCAGGGGCUCUCGAGGUGUUUGAGCUUCAGCAGGGACUGCGAGAUUUGGAGACAGUGCUUGCGGAAGCGCAACAGGUGAUUCCUCAGGCUACGUUGGGGAAUGCAGCCUGUGGGUGGGACGCUGCGUGGCAGGAACUCUCAUCAUUGGAGACAAAGCUGGAAACGGCAAUGCGGUAUGUCUACGGCCCUGACUGGGAGAUCAAGCCGGGCAAACUGGUCUCGAAGAAGGGUACGUGGUUGAAGUCGUCUGCACGAUUCUCUUGGGAACUCUCGGAGGCCAAGGGCGAAAAGAUGUAUCUGCCCGCUGGAGUGGCAAUGCCAAUUCUACAGAUUGGCAGAGUAGUCGAUCAGGAAGAGUUGAAGUUGCACGACUGGGUGUGUCAACACUUGCGAGUUUGGAUGAAGCCGGAAAUCGUGAGGACCAUCCAGGCACGGUAUGGUAUUUGGUUCGUUUACUGGCCCCACUUUGAGGUUGAGAAGCUUGGCUUGGCCACAAGAACUUCCCAGGGUGAAGUCAGUGAAGAUAUGCUUCCUGGCAUGGCCAUUUCGACUGAAGACACCGAUGUUUGCCCUGGCGCAGCAAGAUCUAAGGCUAUGCUUCCACUCAAGACUGCUAGUGAUGAAGUCCAAUCUCCUGGCUUGAUGAGUGAUUUCAUGGAACACAGCCCUUCCAGUCCAUCGGAAGGGUCUCGCUGGCGACGCAUGAUUCGGCCCCUUGCAAAUUGUAUCGCUUGCGGGGACUUUGAAUCAGAGCUGUCUAAGCUGAAGCUUCAAAAAUCAUCGACCACGGCACGUUUAGGUGACUGCAUCAGAAAGCUCCAGGAACAGGACUCAAGCAUGGAGGUUCUGGAGAAGAAGCUGCAAGAGACCCUCGCUGACUUGGAUGCCAGAACGGCUGAGCUGGAAGCAGAGAAACGAAGGACUUCGAGCCUUUCUACUCUGCUCCUCAAUGACUCAGUGAAGGAACAAAAGCUCCAGGAAGAGGCUAAGGAUGCAGAAGAGCGCUUGGAGAAAGCAGAGAAAGAGAUCCAGCGACUGGUUUCGUCCUUGAACAGAGAAACGUCAGAAAAGGAACGUGUCAUCCAAGACUUGAGGACGAAAGAUUCGGAAGCUGCAUGCUUGUCGGAACAAUUAGACGCUUGCAAGGAACAAGCAGCGAAAUGCUCCGCCGAAUUGCAAAUGCAAAUUUCCAUGCUGGAAGAAAAGACAUUGGAGAAUGAGGAGUUGGAGCACACACUGGCUCGGACAUUCGCAGAGGCAGAAGAUCUUCGCAGCAAUCUUGCUACAUGUGAGGACAGCUGCGAAAGACUGCAAGGGGCCCUGGAGGCGCAAACCAUUGAACAUGAAAAAGUGAACAUCAAACUGAGUGAGAGAACGCAGGAACUGACAGAAGCUCAGGAUGAGAUUCGGAACAUCAGCGAGAAGUUGUCAUGUUCCAAUGAACAGCUGGAUCAGCAUGAAAAAAAGUUACACACCCUUUCCUCAGCCCUCCGGAUGGCCCAAGAGGAAAUGAGGUCUAAAAUGCAGCAAGUGGAGAAUGUUGGUAUGUCUGCCGAGGAUUUCUUGAGCCGUCUUUCUGCUUCAAAGCAGCAUUUGCAACACUUGGAGGAAGAGAAACGGACUAUCGCGGAAUCCUUGGCAUUGACAACUGCGGAAAAACAAGACAUAAGCUCUCGCUUUGAAAAAUUGACCAUGAGCCUGAAAGACGAGCAGUCGAAAAACGCAGCUUUGCAGAACAAUGUCCAAGAGCAGUGUGCCAAAAUCAGGGAGUUGGAAGAGAUCAAUCGCAUGUCCUGCCUUGAGGUACAAUCAAUCACUGCGGAAAAAACCAAGGUAGAAGAAGAGCUGGCAGCAAGACGAAAAGAGUAUGAGGCCAUAACAGCACAAGUGUCAAGUGUCACCAAUGAUCUAGCAGCACAGGUUGAAGAGAAUGAAUCUGCAGCAGCACAACUAUCAGCUCUCACGACUAGCUUGGCAUCAAAACGGAAAGAGAAUGAAGCUCUAGCUGCAGAACUAUCGGCUGUGAAGGCCCCAAUCUCUUCAUUGGAGCAGAAAGUGCGGGAUUUGGAUGCUGCGGCUAAAGCUGCCAAAUCUGAGAACAUUGUCUUGGCAAAAGAAUUGGAAGAGAAAGCGCUGGAGCUAAAGAAGCUGAAGCAAGACCUGAAGAUGGAGAAGGAUCAGUUGCAGACUUUCGACCGUCAGCUUUCUGUGGUCACUACGUCACUCAAAGAUGCUGUAAGUGACAAACAAUCCUUGGCUCUUGAAUUGGAGGGUCUGCAGAUGGAGCGUGCAGAUCUCGAGGGAAGACUUUCACGUACCAACAGCAAAAACAUAGAGCUGGAAAUAGCCCUCGACGAGAUGGCCUCCCAAGCAGGUGCCAACAAAGAAGCCAGAGAUGCAGCAGUGCAGGAAAUCUGCACUUGGCAGAUCAACGCACAGCUCUGCCAGAGCUUUGUGCAACACAUGUCGCACCAAAGAGAUGCAUGCUUGUCUGAGUGUAGAGAUUAUCGGAGAGCCGCACAGGAGAAGCAGAGAGAGAUUGAUGUUUUGAAUCUAAAGCUGCGGCAUGCUGAGAAGCAAAGUAAUGAAUUGGCAAAUGCCAGCCUAGCUGAACUGACAGACCAGCUCGGUCAAUCAGAUGUCAGAAUGCAGAUGCUGUCUGCGUCGAUCGAACUGAAGGAUAGUGAAAUGCAAGUUCUUUCUCGGGAGCUUGCAAGGAAGGGCAUGGAGACAGAAGACUACCUUGGCCAAGUGAGGGUCAUCCAGGAACAUUGGGGUGAUUCGGAGAAAAUCAUAGACCAACUGAGAAUCUCGCUCGGAAUAUGCCAGUCAGACAAGGAUUUGGUUGAGAAGGAGCUGGUCAUGAGAGGCAAACUUAUGGAAGAGAUGGGCAUUCAGAUGGAGCAAGCGAAGGAACAACUCUCGAAGUCUCAGCAGGAGACAAACAUCCUGGAUAGAUGUCUGGAAGACAAGCAGCUCCAACACGAUCUCCUUACGCAGGAAGUUGGUUGCAAGGAAUCUGUCAUCCAGAAUCUCCAGUGCGAGUUGACAGCGAUCAAAGUGGAGAGAUCUGAAAACGCGAGGGACCACGAGGAGUCUUCGCACAUGCUGAAGUCCACCCUGGAAGAGCAGCUUCAGCAAAACGAUUUGCUUCGGCUGCAGCUGGGUCGAAAGCGAGCCGAGUGUGAGGAGGCAAGCAUUGAAAACCGAAGUUUGUUCACUCAGCUGGCAGAACGAACUCUUGAAAGGGAUGACUUUGGGUCGCAGAUGCAAGGAAUGCGAACCUUGAUCAGCAAGCUGAAGGACGAGUUGCGAUCUGCUCAGAUGAAUGAAACUGAGCUUUGCGAAAAGCGUGAUGGUUUGAUGGCAGAGAGAGCCGAAUUGCAACAGCAGAACCAACGGCUCUCCGCUUUGUCAGCGCAACUCCGGCGAGAAACAGACAAGAGCCUAGCAGAGCUCCAGCGCAAGGUUGAUUUGACUGAAAAGCAGCGGAUGGAGAUCAUGCGAUUGCAGAAGGAGCUGAACGAUAGCAAGCAAGAGGUGAAGAAUCUGAACAGAUGUGUGACUCUUGAAGUUCGACGCAGAGAAGAGGCAGCAACGCGAUGUGCUGAACUCCUAUGCGCUCAUCCGUCCAUGAACAUCGAAGCCUGGAUUGGAAAAGUCAGGGCCUCCAGCACAAGCGCAGAAUGGCAGUUAGUUGCUGGCAGUGGCCGUUCAGAACGCGUGGUUCUGGGCGCCGGACAAAGUUUUCAACCUGGCUUGACGUCUUACGAGACUCCUUGCAUCAUCAUUAAUCACCGUGAGCAGCGAAAGGGAAGCAAAAGGAAAAGCGAUCAGGACAGAGUUCCUGUGAACAUUUACGAAGCAAAAAAACCUGGAGCAGUUGAAGUCCGCAAAGCGAACAAAGCAUUAGUGGCUUCUAGGCCCCCAGCUCGCUUACCAAUCGUCUACGACAAGAUUUGCAAAUUGUUCAAUCAGAAUGCCGUUGUGUAUGACCAGCACUUUGGCGUUGUCCGGCCCUUUCCAGAUGAAGAUGGGGUAUUUUCACCGCGAUCUUCGCGGUCUUCGUCUUCAAGAGCAUCUUCUCGAGGCUUUUGA